AUGAAAAGCAAGAAGCCCAUUUUAGAUGAAAAAGAACAUCUUUGGUUGUUAAUCAAUUCUAAACCCAAUAAAACAUUUUAAUUGAAAGGAACUUACGAUUAUGCUGCUGCAAUAUCUCCAAAUAAUUAAUAUAUCGCAGUUCAGAUUCAAAAUGAAGACGAAGAAAGGGAAUUAAUAAUCUUCAAUACUGUUAUGAAGAGGAAGAUCAAAAUUUAAAAGAGCAAUUUUGGUUAACUGCUUUUUUCUCCUAAUUCAAUGAUCCUUGUUGGGUCAAUAUUUAAUAAAUGGAUUUAAGUUAUGAAGUUGAAGUCAACUGCUAAAAAAUUUAAAGUAGAUAAGCAAUCUUAGUUAAUCAACCCUAAACAUUUUCCAUCUAAAUAUGAUAUGGAGUUUAAAACAAACUCAAAUUUUCUAUUUGUAUUCUCAAUAGAAAAAGGGUAAUUUGCAAUAUGGAAUUUGGAAAGCGAUGAUCUAUUAGCAGUUGUUAAUUACUAUAUAAAAGUACCUAUCAUGGUGAUGAAACUAUCACUAGAAGAUUCCAAUAUUUUAGGCAUCAUCAAAAAAAUGAGAAUUCAAUACAUUACUACUUCCAAGGGCUUUUAAAAAUUGAUUUUCAAUAAUAGUAAUCUCUUGUCAGUUGAAUAUUUAUAAGAGGAAGGAGGGAUGUUGAUAAAAUGCAGAAAUAAGAUAUUAAGAACGCAUUUCGGGUCUAAAUUUGAAGAUGGGAUAAAGAGUGUUUAAAUUUCAACUCUAGGCACAAGAAUUAUAUACGUAUCAGAUCUGGUGAUGUAUUUAUACAGUGUUGCAACAGGUAAUAUACUAUUGAAAAAGAAAAUUUAUAAUGUUGAACAAUUGAUAUUAAAUGAUCAUUCAUUAAUAAUGAUUGAAGGAGAGUUGAUUAAGUAUUGGGAUAAAGAAUAAACUUGA